ACUUGUCCCCGGUCCUACAGCCUCAGCAUGUCGGAGACCGCUCCCGCCGCUCCUGCCGCCGCGCCCCCCGCGGAGAAGGCCCCCGUGAAGAAGAAGGCGGCCAAGAAACCCGCAGGGGUGCGCCGCAAGGCUUCUGGGCCGCCGGUGUCCGAGCUCAUCACCAAGGCCGUGGCCGCCUCCAAGGAGCGCAGCGGCGUGUCCCUGGCCGCGCUCAAGAAGGCGCUGGCGGCCGCCGGCUACGACGUGGAGAAGAACAACAGCCGCAUCAAGCUGGGCCUCAAGAGCCUGGUGAGCAAGGGCACCCUGGUGCAGACCAAGGGCACCGGCGCCUCGGGCUCGUUCAAGCUCAACAAGAAGGCGGCGUCCGGGGAGGCCAAGCCCAAAGCCAAGAAGGCGGGCGCGGCCAAGCCCAAGAAGGCUGCCGGGGCGGCCAAGAAAGCCAAGAAGGCCACCGGGGCCGGCACUCCCAAGAAGAGCGCCAAGAAGACCCCGAAAAAAGUGAAGAAGCCGGCGGGGGCUGCUGUCGCCAAGAAAGUGGCCAAGAGUCCGAAGAAAGCGAAGGCUGCCAAGCCGAAGAAGGCCGCCAAGAGCGCAGCUAAGGCCGUGAAGCCCAAGACCGCCAAACCCAAGGUUGCCAAGCCCAAGAAGGCUGCACCCAAAAAGAAGUAGGCUGUUGAAGAACGUCUGCUUCCGAAACCCAAAAAGGCUCUUUUCAGAGCCACCACUGAUCUCAAAGAAAGAGCUGAACCUUCUAACCCUGUCCCUUUCCCCGUUUAACCUUUGGUUCUAGGUGUGGUUGGCCGCUACAGUUGACGCCAGCCGAAAAGGGGCGGCGGGGGUCUCUGCGCGGCCCUAGGGCUCGUCCCCUGCCCAGCGGUAUCCCGGGUGGCCUCCCCCGCUACCUUGCGGAAGCGCUGUCCCGGAGGCGCGCACUCGCGCGCCAGCCCCGCCCCGCGCCAGGCCAUCGAAAACAACCACAAAUCAAGUCAGCCAGUUCCUCGGUCUCCAGGAAUCCCCCGAUUGGGUUGGAAAGCCGUUCAAAAGUCCCGCCCUGCUCGCGGGUUGGCCCACUGCUCCGGCCCACGCUUUUCAUCGCGUGUUUUAUUGGGUGGAGGCCGGCCUCUUGUGUAUUCUGUGUACGUUUCGUUUCCAGUGGAUUGAUUGUUCCUUUUUCGCCCGGUAAGUGUGUCCCUGAUCCCUCGGACACUUCCCAUGGUUUGGAAAGUCCAGCUCGUGUCCGGGGACCGCCGCAGCACCCCGCCGGGGAGGAGACGGUGCGGGCGUCCGUACCGCGCGCUCCCGUGGGCCUGCCCGCGCGCUGCGGCCGCUGAGGACCGCGUCUGGACCACCGCGCGGCGGCGGCGGCGGCCACCCUGCCACCGGGCGCCGCUGGACCGGCGCCCUUCUGUCCCUCGCGUCAUGUAACUUUGCGCAAAAGUGUGAUGGGAUUGGAGUGCAUCACAACAACCCUUCGUCGGCCAUCUUGUCCCGGCAGCGGGUCACCGAGCGUCGUUUUAGGUAGACGUCAACAUCUAAACGCCGGAGAUGCUUUCAACGCAUUUUUGCGCGGCCGAAGUCCCAACGGUUUCUACGCGAGUAACGUACGGGUAAACCUGGGAACGUAUAUGCAUGUGUGGGGGUGAAGUGAUGUCUCUAACGAAGGCCUUUAGUUUAUCUUCACGGCGGUAUCUGCGGCUUCUUUCAUACGGAUGGCGUUUCUUCUGGGCAGAGGAAAGUCCAGCGUCGUGUUUUAUAUUCUGGUCAACACCGUUGGUUCCAGGAACCGGGGCUUCUGGAGACCCGAAGCUCAGUUCUUCGCCCAUUGCCACAGCGACUGAUGUAGUCGUUAAGUAACUUAGAUUAAUUUCCCCCCAUUACCGGUAGUGACCACGGAGUUCAUUCCUGCCCGCACCGUCCCUCCCAACGGAAUGGGAUACUUUAAUGUUCGUUUUCAUGUGUAGAAAGACCUCCCUUCUUUGAGAGCACAGCGCACCCGCGCGCGCGCGCAUUCACGCCAAGAAAGUUUUCCCAAGAUAUCUUGUCAUCUUUGUUGCUGUUGAAAAUGACAACCUAUGAGAUUGAUUCCUUUGGGGCCUGGCACACUGAAGAUAUCCAGUAAUGGAAGGGAUCUAUGCCUAGUGAAUGAACAACCUCUAGAACAGUCCUGUCUGUAGCCAAAUUAAGCAAGGAAGAAAGAAACAGACAACUCUUUGAAACCUGUUCACCUUUUGUCUGAUUACGGUGAGAUACUGAAGAACAAAUCUGGAUUUGGGUAAGAGAAAAUGGAGUUGAAUAUAUUUGGGUAAGGGUUAAUGAGAUGAGAAGUGCGAUUUGCAGAUGCGCUCAUAUAUAGUUCAGUUCUAGCCAAUCUGAAGUAAGAAUGGUGUCAAGGAGUUUUCUCCUGUUCAUGGACAAACUCAGCUGGAUUACAGACAAGAAGAUGUCGGACUCCUGUCAUUAUAUGACAUCUACAUUUUCGUAGCAACCGCGCUGGCAGUGAACGUAUAGUACAGACGAGUCAAGAUUUGAAAUGUACAGAACGGGAAGCUAGUCCAAGAAGAAAUCCUCUAAAUUUUACAAUUCACGUAUGCAAGAAGCUUGACAGGAUUUUCUAAAUUUGAAAACAGUCUUACACGUGACAUUACCAAUAACGUGCUUUGAAGCUGAAAGUACUAAGCGAUCAGGAGAACAAAAGUUUGUGAUCAAUCGUGCUGGAGGAAAUACUGAAUUUUCUUCCUAUUGUCUAUAUAGAAAAUAGUACAAAAUAACUUUCGAGUGAAGAAGAAGUCAGAGUAUGCGGUCAAAAAACAGGAAAAUAAGCAUGAUAAAGUUGUAUUCGAGAGUUAAUAAAAUAUGCUAUUCUUCUGAA